AUGGCAUCUGAACCAACUAUCGAACCUCCUUCUGAGCAAGGGACCUCCCAUGAGAAGUCUCCGGAACAACAAUCCAUCGACUUCGCUAAAUAUCCCUCUUUGCAAAAAAACAUGGAUGUCGAAUCGCACGAUGGGCGAGAGGACAAGUUACUUAGGUACAUCUACGGCCACCCAAAGCUAGACAGCGAGUUGCGAGGUUCUCCCACGGCGAUUUUGGCGGUCAUGGAUGAGUUCGCGGCACAGGAAGACUUUCUGAUCAAUAUUGGGUCUAAUAAAGCGACAAUAUUGACCAAUUUCAUUCAUGAGCACAAACCAAGAGUGUUCUUAGAGUUGGGUACUUAUGUUGGGUAUUCCACAAUUCUGUUUGCAAAUGCGAUGCGAGAAGCGAACCACGGAGGAGAGAAGAUUCAUCUCUAUAGCCUGGAACUAGAUCCGCUCAUUGCGUCAAUCGCCAUGAACUUGGUCAAUCUCGCUGGACUGAGUGACAUUGUCGAGAUCAUCGUCGGUUCCUCCGCGCAUACCCUACGACGUCUUCAUGACCAAGGUAUCUUAGAACAGGGAAGCGUAGACAUGAUCUUCUUGGACCAUGCAGAAGAGCUCUACAAGCCUGAUCUCGAGUUGUGUGAGAAAUUGGGCUUCGUCGACAAGAAAGGUUGUCACAUUAUUGCGGAUAAUGUGGUUCGUCCUGGCGCGCCAGAGUAUCGGGAGUAUGUGCGAGGCAAUCCUCGAAUUGGGAAGAGUUGGGGUGUACCUGCGCUUAUCAUGCCCGGAGAGUUUGAGGACGAGAUCGAGAUUAGUCGAGUGGCUUAA